AUGGCGUCUAUUUUCACAAAUUAUUGGCCCAUGCUGCUAUCCAAAAUUGCCUCAGUGGAAAAUCCUGCCAUGCAGAAGAACAAGAAAGAGUUUUCAAUGCAGUUACCAAUUGUUCAGCAGCAAAAUCACAUUUCCAAACUGGCUAAAUCACUUCCCUCUCUUGGCAACACUGUUGUUCCUUUCAGCACUAUAACACGUCAUUCUAAAUCUUGGCGAGCUCAUUUGGAGAGGAUAAGUGACUUUCUUAUUCUUGGCAGAGGUGUUUGGUGGACCAGCAAUGAAGAAGGUGAUGUGGAAUUUUUUGACAGCAUGCAAUCCGGAGUAGAUUCAAGAUCCAAAGCUUCAUCCUUUUCGAUCAAGUAACUUAAAAUAACUUCAAAUAACUUCAAAGAAGUGCUGGUCUGUGUCCAUCGAAAAGAAAAUUCCAUUACCUCUUCAUGUGCUACAUUUGAAAGAUGCCACUAAAGAUACCUUUAUCCCUACCCAGACCCCGUUCCUGAAGAAUCAAGAAUUGUCAGAUGAUGCUUCCAAUGAUGCCAGUAUGGAAGAUGAAGCAAAUAGUGAACACGUAGGAGAGAUCGCAAUUAGUACACCCAAAGAACAUGGUGAAAACUGUUUUGAACGUGUUGGUAAAAAUGACCAUUCUCAUGAGAAUAUUGUUCAAUAUAACACAAUAAUGCCCAUGCCUGAAGAUGAUUUGAGAGAAUCAAUGUUAGAAGACACUGCACAUAUGACAGGUAAGUUUCAGAUCAUUAAUGUUAACAAAAUAUAUUAGGACAUUAUACUUUUGACUGUUAUGUAGGGGGUACACCAGAACAAUUUUUUAAGUUCUGGCCGGAACCAGAUCUGGAAAAAGUUCCAGCCGGAACAUAUAGUCAUAUGUUACUUUGUCUGCUGCCAGACGAGAAGACACUUCAACUCAUCGAGGAGAGAGCUCACAAAUGUUAGAAUAAAAAGAUUGACAAAUGUUAAACGUCAUAAUGAAGUGUUAAUGGUGUAUAUUUUCCUUGUGUAACAGUCAAAAUUUCUCCUUACUGUGAACUUUUGUCAGACACAAACACGUUUGAUAUUCCAUCUCUCUGAACAUAACAGAGUUUCGGUCAUGCUUUUUUUAUUAGUUCCGGCCAGAACCAGAGCUCUGAAAAAUAGGGGUUCCGGUGCACCUCUACUGUUAUGUUGUACCAUAAUAUUAUGAUAAUGAUCGUAAAGCUGUUCUUUCAUAUUUGGUGCAAGAGGAUGUUCAAGCUGUAAAUGGCACAAGUGAAGCUCAAAUCAGCAAAGAUCCUUUAAGUGCUAAUAAAGAACAAUGGCAUACUAAAUUGCGCUCAACCCUGGCAUAUGUUCUUGGAAACACAAAUGAAGUAAUUGAACUUGAUCAUGCCAGAAAGAAGGCCAAGGACCAACGACAGGAUAGGUUUUUGCUGGAUAGCUACAUGUACAAACUUGUGGUGAUUGAAAAAAAAAGUGUGAAGAAGAAAGGAGAGUUGGAGAAAAACAUUGAGGAUUGGGAAAAAACAAUUUUAUGUCCAACAAUAGGUUACCAACAUAUGACGAACUGA